AUGCGGUUCCUACAAACCAUUCUCGGCGCUGUAUCGCUCCUAAUCUCUGUCACCAAUGCCUCCCUCUCGACUGAUAUCCUGUACUGGCCCUUGGGAUCGCCACAACCGUCCGUCCUAGCACGCGUCUCCUACGACCCAGCCUCAUUGAAAGCGGAUGUGGUCUCAUAUCACCCCCCAAGGGAAAACCAGAGCGAUAGUCUGGUUCGUGUCGGUGUCUACACUUCAAGUUCCACAGACAAAAAGCAAUGGGUUGGCAGUCUCGUGUCGUUGUCCUCUUUAAGUGCGAGUGAGCAGCCAACAUUUCGCCUUCACCUCGGUCCAGCCAACGAAGUCUACACUGUCUCCCUGUCUGUAUCGUCUACCAGUGCCCAGAGCUCAACAUCUGGCCCUCGAAUUGAUCUCGUCUCGAAUGAAUCCGGGACGCAGCCUCGCCUGAACAGGCCAGUGGUUGUUGGGCCUGAUGGUCAAACCCCAGAGCAACCCGAAGAAAAAUCUCUUUUCCAGAAGUAUUGGUGGGUUCUUCUGAUCAUCACUUUCAUCAGCAUGUCCGGGGGUGGCGGAGAAUGA